CCUGAUCUCGUUGCUGUUGUAAGCCGUAUUCUGGACGAACUUCUGUCUCCGCUGCGUCGUAUCAACAUCGAGAAAGCGGAGAUUUCAGCACUGAAAGCUCUGGUACUGCUGCAUCCGGAUGUGAUGGGCUUGACGAUUACGUCACGUGAAAAACUGCGUGAUGCUCGUGACGGUGUACUGCGUGCAUUGUUUGCCUACCUCAGACAAAUGCUGUCACCUGCAGAUGCCUCGGUACGUCUCAGCAAUCUGCUCCUCGUCAUACCCUCGGUAUAUUCGAUUGCACAGAAUCUGGCGCAAAGCAAUCAACUUGGCGUCCUUUUCGGUCUCACUGAUCGGAUGGCCUCUGCCUCGAAUAAAUCGUUUUCUGCGACUUCUGCUAUCAGUGACUGUAUGGAUGAGGCAAGUAAAGAUAUCAAGGAAAAUGUGGAUGAGCUGCACAAAGACGGUGGUCCAGCUGGGCUUCUGUCGCCAACACUGCUUGCUAGCUUGGUUGCCAGUCAGGCAAUUUCGGCCUACGGAAAUUUGCAGGCAGCUGCGCCAGCCCUCAACAAUCCUGCCGCCUUACCGGUGAGUCGAUAA